ACGCGUAGCUCAUGCUGCAGUCCAUGGCCUCUGACAGCCUCACCGGUGACUGCCAUAAAAUGCUGUAAAACUUAACCUGUUACCAGCUAUCCUUCCUCUAUUAUAACCACAUUGAUACCGCUUCCAUAGUGUGCAAAUCACGAUCCUAAGUGCUAACUCAUCUAGUCCUCAUAACAACCUGUGACGUGGACAGUAUUAGUACCCCUCUGUAAGAAGUGAGAUGAGAAAACCAAGGCUUACAGGGACUGAGUGACUUGUGCAAAGGUCCACAGCUGGUAAGAGGCAGAAGCCACCAAUGUUAACUUCCUGAUUUUGAAGUUUGUAUUGUGAAUAUAUAGAAUGCCUUGUGGAAUAUUUGUAUUUUACGAUAAUACACACUAAAGUAUUCAUACACAAUGUGCUAUAACGUCAGCAACUUACUCUCAACUACUAGGAAAAAAGUUCAUGUCCUGUACUUGCUACUUUUAUAUAUAUAAGCUUGACAUGGUCUCAAAAUAAUAAUAAAAUGUAUAAAAUAUAAAACCCCUACACAUUAAAAAAUAUUUAAGCCCCUUUCCCCAGCUGCUGGUAAGGUGUUCGGUUCUUCCGAGGAAGCUAAGGCCUCAUUGGGGUGAGGCCCUCACUUCAUCCGGCGACUAGCACCGCUCCUGGAAGCACUUGCCCACCACUCGCCCACACCAUGGCCUCGGAGCUCGCCUGUAUCUACUCGGCCCUUAUCCUGUACAAUGAUGAGGUGACAGUGAUGGAAGAUAAGGUCAACGCCUUCAUUAAAGCAGCUGGUGUAAAUGUUGAACCUUUCUGGCCAGGCUUGUUUGCAAAGGCUCUGGCCAAUGUCAACACUGGGAGCCUCAUCUGCAAUAUAGGGGCUGGUGGAUUUGCCCCAGCAGCUAGUGCUACACCAGCAGAAGGUCCUGCCCCCUCCACCACUGCUGCCCCAGCUAAGGAGAAGAAAGUGGAAGCAAAGAAAGAACAAUCUGAGGAGUCUGAUGGUGACAUGGGCUUUGGUCUUUUUGACUAAAGCUUCUGUGUAACAUAUUCACUAAAAGAGUGAUCUCUGUUAAAAAAAAAAAAG